UUCUGUCCGCCAGGCUCGGGAGCUGCAGCCUCCUGCCAGCCUUGGCCAUGGCGUCCCCGGCCAUCGGGCAGCGUCCCUACCCGCUGCUCCUAGAUCCCGAGCCGCCGAGAUAUCUGCAGAGCCUGGGUGGAACCGAGCCACCGCCACCGCCCGCCCGGCCGCGCCGCUACAUCCCCACGGCCCUGGUCUCUGCGGCCGGGGCGUCCGACGGUCGCGGCGGCCGGAGGAGUGCCCGGGGGGACCCCGAGCCUACGCCCCGGGACUGCCGACCCGCUCGCCCUGUCCGGCCGGGUCUGCAGCAGAGACUGCGGCGGCGGCCUGGGUCGCACCGACCCCGCGACGUGCGGAGCAUCUUCGAGCAGCCGCAGGAUCCCCGCGUCCUGGCCGAGAGAGGCGAGGGGCACCGUUUCGUGGAACUGGCGCUGCGGGGUGGCCCCGGCUGGUGUGACCUGUGCGGACGAGAGGUGCUGAGGCAGGCGCUGCGCUGUGCUAACUGUAAAUUCACCUGCCAUCCAGAGUGCCGCAGCCUGAUCCAGCUGGACUGCAGACAGAAGGAGGGCCCUGCCCUGGAUAGACGCUCUCCAGAAAGCACCCUCACCCCGACCUUCAACCAGAAUGUCUGUAAGGAAGUGGAGGCGACACAGCACCCACCCACGCUACAGGAGAUCAAGCAGAAGAUCGACAGUUAUAACAGCCGGGAGAAGCACUGCCUGGGCAUGAAGUUGAGUGAAGACGGCACCUACACAGGUUUCAUCAAAGUGCAUUUGAAACUCCGACGGCCAGUGACGGUGCCUGCUGGGAUUCGGCCCCAGUCUAUCUAUGAUGCCAUCAAGGAAGUGAACCCCGCAGCCACCACAGAUAAGCGGACAUCCUUCUACCUGCCACUCGAUGCCAUCAAGCAGCUGCAUAUCAGUAGCACCACCACCGUCAGUGAGGUCAUCCAGGGGCUGCUCAAGAAAUUCAUGGUUGUGGACAACCCACAGAAGUUUGCACUUUUUAAGCGGAUAUACAAAGAUGGACAAGUGCUCUUCCAGAAACUCUCCAUUGCGGAGUGCCCUCUCCACCUGCGCCUGCUCGCUGGGCCUGACACUGACGUCCUCAGCUUUGUGCUGAAGGAGAAUGAAACUGGAGAGGUUGAGUGGGAUGCCUUUUCCAUCCCUGAACUCCAGAACUUCUUAACUAUCCUGGAAAAAGAGGAGCAGGACAAAAUCCACCAGCUGCAGAACAAGUACAACAAAUUCCGACAGAAACUGGAGGAAGCAUUGCGAGAGUCCCAAGGGAAGCCUGGGUAACCAGCGUACUUCCUGCCCUCUCAGUGCCCUCCGAUUUAUUUUGUUAAUUAUUUUGCGAUGGACAGUUAUUCUCAAGACACCUCUGGUGGGUCCACUUGUGCCUGCCCAGCAGUUAACAGAUAUGGAACAAAGUCUCCUUCCAAAGUGUCUGUGCAGGGUUCGAUUCCUGCCACCCACCGCACCAUGGCUCUGGAGAGAUUCCCCUGCGAUCAAGU